CAGACCCCAGCCAGAGAGCUGCAGAAUGAGUGUGUGGGGAGCUGUAUGUGUGGCCGUGGUCUUACUCCUCAGGGCUCAAGCUAUGUCUGCACAAUCAGAUGAUAAGAUUUCCAAUGCUUGUGGGCAAGCUCCCCUCAACACCCGUAUGGAUGGUGGGCAGAAUGCACCAGCGGAAGCAUGGCCAUGGCAAGCCAGCCUACACAGUAACAGUGAAAGGUGUGGGGGUACCCUCAUUACCAAGGAUUGGGUGAUUUCUGCUGCACACUGCUUUUCCAGCACCAGCACCUCUAGCUGGGUCGUCUACCUGGGCCGACAGUCUCAGGAGGGCAGCAACCCUAAUGAGGUUUCUAGGACCAUCUCUCGGAUCAUACUACAUCCCCAUUUCAACACCUCAACCUUUGAAAAUGACAUCGCCCUCCUCCGUCUGUCCACCUCCGUCACCUUCACCGACUACAUCCGCCCCGUCUGCCUGGCAGCAGCUGGCAGCACCUUCGACUCUGGUGCCAAAACAUGGAUCACCGGAUUGGGAACCAUCACCGCAUCAGGCGAACCCCAGCCCUCUCCUGAGAUACUACAAGAGACACAAUUUCAAGUUGUGGCGAACAGUGACUGCCAAGAAGUCUACAGUAAUGACAUUAUCUAUUCCAGCAUGAUAUGUGCUCAACUACUGAGACAGGAAGGAGAGAACAUCUGUAAACAAUGUGGAAAUCCAUUGGUGAUCAAGCAGGGUUCUGUGUGGGUACAGGUUGGUAUUUUGUUUUUGGACGGCACCUGCUUUGAGAGACAGUUACCAGGAGUAUUCACACGUGUCUCUCAGUACCAGAGCUGGAUCAAGUCCCAUAUCACUUCAAACCAGCCGGGUUUUGUCACCAGUGAGGGCAGCGGUGUUAAGGGGGCCUCCAGCCUCCUCUUGGGUCUCCUUGCACUCUCCCUCCUCAUCUCUUGCUGAUUCUGCUCCUGGUGUCAUAAACGGCUCUUAAAAAAGACUGAAGCUGUCCCUGUAAUAAUGUCAUAAUGCUGUGCUUUUCUACUGUCACGGCUUUGCCUGGCUCCUCCUCCUGUUUGUCCUACGUCUGUCUCCUACAGGUGAGCUGGGCGCAGGUGUUUGAAGUUGCAGUAAUUACUUCCUGGUUUGGGCCUUUAAAAGAGUUCUCCAGACGAGGCUGGAGGUCGACCGCCGCUGCUCUGUCUCUCCCGCACCGACUUAGGAUUUUGCUUUGCUUAUUCAUUGCACCUCAUAUACUGAUUGCAUACACUUUUAUUUCUAAGUUCAACUCCACUACUGACGUUACUUAAACCUAUUAUGUUCAAUUCUAUUUAUUUAAUAAAUCUAAUAUAUAUCGCUACUCCGCGUGUGCCUUUCCCUAUUCUCUGUUGCUUGCUCUGAGCCAGGCUUGUAACAGAAUUGGGGGCUCGUCCGGGAGUUUUGAGCCAUCGAUCGGUAAAUAUGCGUCUUUGUUUCUAUUGCUCAAUUGACUUUGAGUAGUUUGUAGUGUUAAUUGUUAAAUGCACUAAGGAUUGUAGGCUGUUUUGAUUAACGUGUCUAAAUUUGGUAGCUGUAUUCGGAUCCUUCGGUGAUCCGGCGCAGUAGCCUAAGUUUGUUUGUAAAGCAUAGACGCAUUGCAAAUUAUUGGGAAAGACGCACGUCGAUUAGAUUUAGUUGGUUUGUGUUACGUUGGUGCGGGAGACAAUUUGGUUCGUUCUGUGCCUGGGGUUGUUUAAAUACAGCCAGGUUAAAGUAUUGGCGGCGGUCCAUUGAGGGGUAAGUGCGGGCCUUCGCUGUGAUUGCGAGACAGAAUUAGGCUGUUGUUAAUUGAUGGUGUAGCCAUUGGAGCUUUGUAAAUCCCUGCUAAGCGUUUAAACGCUUGUUUGUUAUUUUGUUUUUUUGUUUUUGUGCUAUAUCUUGGGCGGAGGGCACAGUCGUGGAUGCUUGCUUUAACGGCAUUUUGUCGGGGAAGUUAGGCGCCGCUGAUAUCGUGUAUAAAAAUCUCUGUUCUUGGGGUAUGCAUGAAGGGGAUCGGUGCAGGGCAGCUCCGUUUGUUUUUGUCUUGUAACUGCAGUGUGGGGGCCGCACUUAAAUUGUUAAAAAGAAAGAUCGUUUAGAGUUUGGCUUGUUUAAGCAAAUUGGUAAACAGUCCGUAGGCUAAUGAAUGGAUGUUGUGGAUGAUUUUCUCGCAGCUCCAUCAGAUCAGGUUUUGGAUACUUUGACGAAGGUGCAGUUGCGUAAGGUUUGCGAUCAUUAUAAUUUGAAAUUGGGCUUGAAGAAGAGUGCGAGAUUGGCGCAGAUAAGACGGGCUGUUAAAACUAAGUUGUCUGAUAGAAAAGUUUUGCCAUCCAUAGAUUCGAUGAGUGAAUUGGAGCCUGACGAUGUUUCAACACCGCUUGCACCAUUGGGUGCGUUAAGUAAUACAGGUUGGACAUUUGAACAACAAAAAGAGUGGUUGGAAUUGCAACAUAAAGAAAGGGAAGCUGAACGGCAACUAGAAUAUAAUAAGAUAAAAAACGAUCGCGAUAUUGCGUUAGAACGUUUGAGGUUGAUCGCAGAAGGGAAAAUUGUAGAUGAUGGCGGUGGCGCUGUUCCUACUGGGCCAGCACGCACCCCUGAUAUCGCUAAGAUGACCAGAUUGAUUCCCAGGUUUAACGAGAAAGAUCCUGAUGUGUUCUUUUCACUUUUUGAAAGUGUGGCAGAUGAUUGUGGGUGGAGUGAUUUUGAACGCACUUUGUUACUCCAGAGCGUCCUUGUCGGGAAAGGGCAGGAGGCGUUUAUUGCAAUGUCUGUAGCUGACAGGAAGAUUUAUAACAACGUGAAAGAUGCUGUGCUUAAAGUGUAUGAGUUGGUUCCAGAAGCAUAUAGACUGCGAUUUCGUAAUUGGAAGAAGGGAGAUAAGCAGAAUUACACCGAGGUAGCAAGAGAGCUGAAGUCUCAUUUCAAUCGUUGGUGCGCUGCAGUAGGCGUUUCUACCUUUGACGAGCUGUGUAAUUUGAUUGUGUUAGAGCAAUUUAGAAACAUCCUCCCUGAUCGUAUCGCAGUUUAUAUAAAUGAGCGAAAAGUAGCAACAGCGGCAGAGGCAUCAGUUUUAUCUGAUGAAUAUGUCUUGACGCACAAGCAUAAUUUCAGAGAAUAUAAUUCAGGUAAGGGCUACCGCGAGCAGCGCUUUGGACGUUUUGGUGAACGUUCGGGAUUUUCUAGCACUCCUAGUCAGUAUGUUGACCGAGAACAGUCUCGUGGAAAGGCAGAUCCAAGUGUGUGUCAUUACUGUUCGGAACAGGGGCAUUGGAAGAACGAGUGUCCUGUUUUGAAGGAGAGGGGCCAGAGAAGAAACCCUAGCAUGGCACGACCUGUUGCGCUUGCUGUUUCGGGUGUGCGCGCACGGCCUGAGAACAUUCACACAGGGAUGAGGCCUAACCCUGAAGUGGGUGUGGUCUCAUCGAACUUCUCUGCUGACAGCCUUGUUGGAGCUAGUCAGUACAGUGUUUCUGAUGUAAUUAAAGCUGAUGUAAAUGACUAUUCUCCUUUCAUUACAGAUGGUUUCGUAUCGUUGGUGGGCCGUUCUGCAAAGGUGCCCGUUAAGAUUCUUAGAGACACAGGGGCAUCUGAAUCUUUUCUGCUAGAGUCCGUUUUGCCUUUUUCUAGUGAUUCCACCACUGGUAAUGUUUUAGUUAAAGGAAUUGGGUUGCAGGUUGUAACUGUUCCUCUGCAUAGGAUUGAGCUACAAUCAGACCUGGUGCAGGGUGAGGUAGUCAUUGCUGUCUGCCCUUCAUUGCCUGUAGAUGGCGUACAUCUCAUCUUGGGCAAUAACUUGGCUGGAGGGCGUGUCUGGCGUGAUGUGCCGUCACCUGGGGUGGUUAAGAGGGUUACAUCUAUCCCAUCAGGUGCUGAUGGUAGCAUACAGAAUUUACCUGAGGUGUCCACGGCAUGUGCAGAAAUGCAUGCCAUGAACUCAGUCUUUGGAGCUGAAGUUGAAGAGAAACAUGGUACGCCUGUGUUGAAGCCUGUGUUGCCAGAUUUGCCAUCUUUGACACUUGAUGAUUUUGUUGUAGCGCAGAAAGAGGACGCAACACUUGAUGAACUGUUUGUUUGUUCUGCUGAGGAGAUACAUGGUGCAGAAAAGGGGAAUUUCGUUCAGGAUGGGCUGUUGGUCCGUAGGGGGAUGCCGCAGACUAAGGUGUUUGAGGAUCCUGUUUUCCAGAUAGUAGCACCUCAUGGUGAUAUAGCAGGCCAUUUGGGUGUGGGGAAGACGUAUGACAGACUUGUGAAGCACUUCUUUUGGCCUGGCCUAAAGAAGGAGGUGGCAUGCUUCACUAAGACCUGUCCUACGUCUCAGUUGACGGGAAUGCCGAAGCAGGUGAUUGAGCCAGCCCCACUUUACCCUUUUCCAACUUUAGGGAACCCAUUUGAGCAUUUGCAGAUAGAGUGUGCAGAGAACUUGACCAAGACGCAAAAGAACAUGAGUUGGAUUGACCACUGGUCUGAACCGAGGGUGUUCAGUCCUGUAGAUCAGGUUCUGGCAUUGUUGCCAAUAGCCGGUUCCCCCUUCCUCUCUAAAUACACAGGUCCCAAUACGGUUGUUCGGCAGGUGUCAGACCUGAGCUAUCUAGUUUCAAACCCUGACCGUAGGCGUAAUAUGCAACUCUACUACAGCAGGUCUCCAGUUUCUGGGGCAGCAGAGACUGGUGACCAGGUUCAGUCAGUUUCUUUGGCUGCAGUGACUGGGAUAUUUAGCUUCUCUCCUCACAUGGUGGCAGUGUGUGGUGAUGAGGAUGUGGUAGGCCCAGGUGACUGUAUGCUCCAGCCUCAGUUGAGGAACUCUGAGGAGUUGUCUGACUUGGGUGCACUAGCUGACCAUUUGUCCAAAGCGAAGGCAUCAGAGUUUCAGUUUUUGAGUGUUGACUUCACUGCUUUGUUUUCAGACACACAAUCAUGCACUCAUCUAGGCGAGCUUGACAUCGAUGUGAGUGACUCUGCACCAAGGCAGAGGGAUGAGCAAGGCGUGGACUGGUGCAGCUGCUUCAGAGUUUGUUUCUUUUCAAAAAACUGCCACAAUUUGACCAUCGAGAAAGAAAUGUUAGUUUUAAUAUGGGGAUUACAACAUUUCAAUGGUUGUUUAAGUGGGGGCGCUGUUUUGUUUAUCAUUCAUUCCAAUUAUAAUCCACUAACGACUUCAUUCUCUAACGUCAGCGCCUUAUGCGCUGGGCGUUUCCAUAUAGCCUACUGAUCUUGCACGUUCGGGGUGUGGACAUCAUGGCUGAUGCCUUGUCCUAUUCCCCGUGGGGGCCCGAGUGAGCCAUUGUGUUGUCCUCCUGUCUCUCUAUCUCUCUCUUUUGUAUAUCAUCUCUCUCUCUGCCUAGUCUCCUUAAAUUUGGCUUUCCAGGUACCGGGACUUGCUGGAGCCUUUGGUUCGAGGGAGGGUGGUUGGAAUCUCUGGGGAGGGAUUGGUUGAGUGGAUGGGGGCCAGCUGACAUCAAGUGAUCCAUUUUUCAUCUGCUUUGUAGGCUUGGGUGAUGAGUCCAAGCCAAAACCCCUAGACAAAAGCUGAGUACUUUUAACAUUUGAUAUUUACUAACCUAUGAAAAAAAAAAUAAUAAUAUGAAUUGUUGAUGUAUAUUUAGAAUUUGAUAUUUGCUCUAUGUUUUGGGUGCUGGGCGAGGGGUGAGUAAUUUUACAGAGUCUCUCUUUGAGAGGCCUCUGUUUUAAGGGGGGAGGUGUCACGGCUUUGCCUGGCUCCUCCUCCUGUUUGUCCUACGUCUGUCUCCUACAGGUGAGCUGGGCGCAGGUGUUUGAAGUUGCAGUAAUUACUUCCUGGUUUGGGCCUUUAAAAGAGUUCUCCAGACGAGGCUGGAGGUCGACCGCCGCUGCUCUGUCUCUCCCGCACCGACUUAGGAUUUUGCUUUGCUUAUUCAUUGCACCUCAUAUACUGAUUGCAUACACUUUUAUUUCUAAGUUCAACUCCACUACUGACGUUACUUAAACCUAUUAUGUUCAAUUCUAUUUAUUUAAUAAAUCUAAUAUAUAUCGCUA